AUGGCGGACAAAGAGCACAACCUUCUGGAGAAAAACCUUAGGAUGUUUGAUGUCGUCAGUCUCCAGGAAUGGAGAAGAGCUGAAGAUAUAAGACAGUUCAAUCGAGCAUAUAAUAACUUGGUUAAACAAGAAAAGAAGAUGAUCGCUUUACGAGAUGAAUGUGAGAGGCAGAUCAAGGAAUUGGAAGAAACUCAACGACGCAAAGGAGAGCUACGAAAAAUAGAAAAAGAGCUGCACGAACUGCCAGACAACAAAGAAAAAGAAGACGACGUCGAGAAAAACAAGCAGAAUCCGAAUGUAGGAAAACCUAACAGCGAAGCCAUUGUAAAAUUGUGA